AUGUCUUCCCCAAAUCCCAGAGUCCGCCUUGUCUUUAUGGGCCAUAUUGGUCCUUCCCACACCUCUAGAGUUCUUAUUGGUUCUCCCCACACCUCCAGAGUUCAUUUUGGCCUUUUCCACACCUCUAGAGUUCCUAUUGACCCUUCCCACACCUCCAGAGUUCCUAUUGGCCCUUCCCACACCUCCAGAGUUCCUAUUGGCCCUUCCCACACCUCCAGAGUUCAUUUUGGCCUUUUCCACACCUCUAGAGUUCCUAUUGGCCUUUUCCACACCUCCAGAGUUCCUAUUGGCCCUUCCCACACCUCCAGAGUUCCUUGGUCUUUCCCACCUCCAGAGUUCCUAUUGGUCAGCACACCUCCAGAGUUCUUAUUGGAUCCCACACCUCCAGAGUUCCUAUUGGCCCUUUCCACCCCUACAGAUUUCUUAUUGGUUCUUCCCACACACCUCAAGUUCCCUAUUGGUCUUCCCACACCUCCAGAGUUCCUAUUGGCCCUUCCCACCCCUCCAGAUUUCUUAUUGGUUCUUCCCACACCUCCAGAGUUUCUAUUGGUCCUUCCCACGCCUCCAGAGUUCUUAUUGGUUCUUCCCACACCUCCAGAGUUCCUAUUGGUCCUUUCCACCCCUCCAGAGUUCCUAUUGGUCCUCCCCACACCUCCAGAGUUCUUAUUGGUUCUUCUCACACCUCCAGAGUUCCUAUUGGUUCUUCCCACCCCUCCAGAGUUCCUCCAGAGGUUCCAAUUGGUCCUUCCCUCACCUCCACCGUCUUGCUGGAUCUUCCCAUAUCUCACUAAGAUGUCCUUAAUAUUCCUACACAUAGUCCCAGUUGAGCUUCCCACGGCUUCGGGAGCCGCUCUGAAUCUCCUCUCGUCACUUAGAAUCCCCAGGGACCUUCUCACACCUUCUGGAGUCCCUGUAGCCCUUCACAAUGCGAGGACUCCUGUGAUAAUAUAUUAA